UUUGUUCUUUUUAUGCGCGAACUGCUAGUGCAAGUAGAGCAAUCGGCGCGAGAAGGUUUGUGCUGAAAAUUCACCAGUCGACUAUUGGAGAAGAUACCUGUGAACUAGUCCACCGCUAAUAUGGCCUCUUCUGGUGAUAUUCUGGUGAAGGAACUAGACAAGCGUGCCUCUGGGCAGGCUUUUGAAGUAAUCCUCGGAACACCCGAUGCCAAGGGCGAGUUCCCCCUUUCUCCCCCCAAGAAGAAGGACCUGUCCCUGGAGGAGAUCCAGAGGAAACUAGAGGCUGCUGAGGAGAGACGCAAGUCACAUGAAGCUGAGGUUCUCAAGCACUUAGCUGAGAAGCGUGAGCACGAGCAGGAAGUGCUUCGGAAAGCUCAAGAGGAGAACAACAACUUCAGCAAGAUGGCUGAGGAAAAGCUCAACCAGAAGAUGGAGGCGAACAAAGAAAACAGAGAGGCACUUCUGGCAGCCAUGAAUGAGAAAUUCAAGGAGAAGGACAAGAAAAUCGAAGACGUCCGUAAGAACAAGGAAACCACUAAAGAUGGUGAACCUGAGGCGUCUGGAGAGAACUGAACUUUACAAUCAAAGGGGAAGGGGUGGGUGGGGUUGCAGGGAGGGAUACUUAAGGUUUUUUUACACAUCCAAAGAUUUAUUUUUCCUUUUCUGUUUGACGGCCAGUAUUUUUGUUCACUGCCCACCUUUUUGAGGAAAAAAAGAGAAAAGUUUAACUCCAGUGCAUUUUUCUGCCAGAUUUAACAGCAAUGCUUGUCACCGGCAGUGACUGUCGUCUCGGCGACCCUUGCUGCUCCUGCAGCAGAGGACGCCUUGGCGUUUGCUCUUGGUGGGUUUCCCUAAAGGCUUGCUGUUGAUGGCCAGCAUCCGCACCGACUGGGUGCGUUUGACCUGGUGCGGGGGCUGGCCGAGACCCGCCUCAGGGGCGUAUCCUGCGGAUUUAGUUUAAGUGAAUACGUUGCUGUGGUUUUUACAUGUGGAAUCUUUUUUUCACUUGUCUCUUGUCCAUUUCUUUGGAUGUGUUCCCGAGUGUCUGCCAACUCCGGAACAGAUCUGGGCCUGCACUGGCCUGGUUCUGCUGGACCGGUGUCAGAUUGGGGCUAGGUCCAAUCCGGAGGCAGCUAACUUCCUAGAUUUGUUCAUGCAGCUUUUGAUCUUCGCUAAUAACAGCAGUGUUCUUACCUUUUUUUCCUUUUAAAUAAAAAGCAUGUCUCUGUGCAUAGAACCUUAACAUGUAUCUAUUGCAUAUUGCGAGUGUGGAAAUGUGUUCCUGUGAAGUCCAAAAACCCUGUUUUUCUUAGCACUUAAACAGAAAAAGUAGCACACAGUUUAUCUACGUGGACGAGGUUUGUUUCUCUUAUCUUCCUCCCUUCUGUAUAUUGCUGAUCUUCAGCUAGGUUGCGCUUUCCAGAAUUUGCUAGUCUUGCUGCAAGAAAGUUCUGCCCCAGAUUGCAGCAGGCCCUGGGCCAGGUGUGUCCCGGCGUCACCUGCUCUCUGGGUGGUGUGUGUGUGUUUCUUUAUAAUGUAUGCCUCCCCUGUGCUGCUGGCAUCUUGGCUUUCAUGCGGCUGACUGCGCAUCGGGAGACGGUGUCGAUCUCAAAGCACAUGACUGUUCUCCACCAAGCCAGAGGAGUGGAAGCCAUCUUGGAAUGGGACGGGAGAAAGCGUGUCUAGAAACAUGAAACGCAAAAGAGCAAUACACUUCUGGCCAUCUCGAUGGGAAAACAUGUUGAAUUAAACUGUUGUACUAAAAAAAUAAUAAAAGUUGAAGAAAAUGCUA